AUGACACCGCUCACGGAUUUAAACCUUGCCUAUGUCAACUUCGACGAGAACUUUACGCUCACCAGCCCCAGCAGAGAUCUUCUGCUCAGGGCCUCUUUUCUCAAGAUGAAGCAUCCCGGUCUUCGUGUGGCCAUGUCUAUUGGAGGCCAUGGCUUCAGUUACGGGCCAACUUCCGGCUAUUGGUCCGACAUGGUGAGCACCGAAGCAACCCGCCGAACAUUUAUUCAUUCUGUUGUAGAUUUUCUCGUCGAGUACGGGUUCAACGGCGUAGACCUGGAUUGGGAGUAUCCUUCAGCGUCAGAAAUGGGCGGAAGACAAAGCGAUGCAAGCAACUUUGUCCAACUGCUCGCCGAAAUGCGCGGUUAUUUCAACUCCCGUAACCCUGGGUGGACGAUAACCGCCUCCAUCCCCACGAGUAGCGAAUAUCUCCAGGGAUUCAACAUUGAAGGCAUGGGAGAAUACAUCUCCUGGUUCAAUCUCAUGCCUUUUGACCGGCGCUGGGUGUACAGUAAGGAGAAGAACUCGCCAGUCCCAUAUCUCCAGGGCCACACGGACAUCUCGGAGGUUGAGACUGCCCUCCAGAUCCUCCGGCACAGUCACAUCUCGAUGGACAAGGUGGUCAUGGGCAUGGCCUUCCAAGGACGAGCGCACACACUUGAAGACGUCGACUGCUGGCAGCCUGAAGGCGUCUGCAGGUUCAUGGCCGAAGACGUGCCAAUAUCGUGUUCUGAUGCAGAGGGACUGUUGACAUACGCGGAGGUGAUCGCCCGGAAUGGAAGCACUGAAGCUCAAGUCCAUUACAACUCCACCACGACGGUAAAGUAUAAGGUCAUCGAAGGCGAUGAAUGGAUAUCCUAUGACGAUGAGGAAUCUUGGCGCGACAAAAAGUCCUUUCUAUCAGAGAACUGCCUGAGUGGUUUGUUCAUCUGGUCUCUAGACCAGGAUAGUGGUCAGUUUGAUGCGAUGAGCCGUCUCAUGGGCGACUUCUCAAACUUGCAGCUGAAAGGAGGCGGUGCCAGUCCCAGCCAGCCUGUAUCCUCCUCACACGACUUGUCUUCAUUCACCGGGCAAAACUGCUUCGUCACUCCACGAUGUACCGACAGCACCGACGGCGAGCUCGGCCCCGAGCAGCCCCCGACAUCUUCCAAGCUGGAGAAUGGAGGCUCUGGGUUCAGCUGCAAUUGUCGCAACGAUAAGCUGCCGGUUGAUCCCGAGAAGCUCUGGAAGAUUGACAAGACGAACUCAGCGGAGCAGUCUGAUGCUCUGUGGUCUUACAGCACACAGCCCUCCAACAACGAUAGUGAGGAUGAGGGCGAGAGUUUGGAUCCGGACGAAGAUUCCUUUGACACUUACACGAUAGUCCGGAAACAGCGCCAAAUUCCCCGAGUCAAGCGGUCGGCACUCACAAGCAAUCAAACAAUCCUGGACUCCGUGUUUGACCACUCAGAGGAGAUUCUGCACAUCUACUGCAACUAUUCGCCAGGGUCGGAGGAGUGCGACAGGAUUUGGUUGGAUGGAGCCGAAGACACAAUCAUAAAUCUACCGAUGCACGUAGGAGAAGGACCGUUUGCUCGCUUGGUCUCCAUACAAGCGGCACACAAAGACUUUGAGCUCCCGAGCCACCAUCUCGAGCACCGCUCCCUUGAAGGCCUGUCGGACCCGGUGUAUGAGAUGAAGAUAGACUACAACUUCCAUGCUAUCAAGCUCAAAAGGGACAGUGAACCGGUCCACAUUCGCAUCGACCAUAGCAAUCUGGCCGGCUACAGAGACGAAAUGAUGGGAGCCGAGCCUAUGCGCAAGAGAAACGCGGACGAGACGCCUAAAAGACACCCAGACUGGCAUGCCAGGGUUAAUAAGGCCGUUGCUCGAGACAACACCCUUCGAAAGCGCUCGACGCUGGUCAAUGUCACGGUGCCGAUGAGCAAUAAGCAGGAAACAGGGCAGCAUGACCUCAACAAGCGCUGGUGGGGAUCUUUCGGAAGCUGGCAUUCAAAGUUGAAUAUGGUGAAGAAGUCGACGCUUAGGGUCCUGCCACUCGCUUGGGCGGACACGAUUAAUCUCUUUCGCGAGCAGAAGGGAUGUGUGGGUUCGGGUUCCUCGGCGAGUCUGGAGAUUGACCUCGAGGCUUCUGUCAACAUGGACAUCACCUAUGCCUACUACUUUUCAGGAACCAUCAUACCGCCCAAUAUUCCAGAUGCCUAUGCUUAUCUCGCCAUGCAACCGAGAGCAUACGUCGGGCUUAGCAUAUCUGGUCAGGCAGAGAUGCAGUACACGUCGGAGAGGGCGAAGAUCAUCCCCACAAUCACGUACCCAGGCCUGGCGAUCAAGGGUCUCGCUUCUAUUGGGCCAUCUUUGGACAUUUACGGCCAGAUCGUAGGGAAGAUUACGAUAUCUGGCAAGGCUCGAGCAGGGGCACACUUCGACUUUGGAAAAACUGAAGUGUAUUGGCCGCAGAACGAUGAAUCCAGCAGCAAGUACCAAAAAUUGCUAGGGAUAGAGAGCAACCCAUCGGUUCCUGACCAAGGCACUUUGAAGCCGGUCUUCGAAGCAGACGUGGAGCUUGACGCUGCACUGGAUGUCACCAGUGAUCUUGUUGGACUGGACUGGACUGGAUUUCGAGGUCGGAUCCAGUCCAGUCCAAUGCACAGCGCUGAGGACUCCAGAACCGCCAAUGCAAAUCCAAUCCUUAAAUGGAUUAGCUCAAGGUAG